GGCAGGUUGCUGCUGCUCACGCUACAAUCGCCUUCAGACAGGCACAGCAUUUUGUCACCAGCGGAACGACAGGCCAUCUUCGUACCGAAGCCCCCGCGCAUCCCAAGCAGCGACAAGUCACCGUCAUGGACUCAUUUCCGGACGUCAAAGCUACAAGUUUUGGAGCCGCCCAGAUGCCCCCGGCAUGUGGUAGCAUGACGGCCAUAAGGAAAGCAGAAGGGGUCCCUGCUGAAAAGGAGGCGGCUGUGAAAGCACCGGACAGCGGUGAUGGGACAGCAGUAAAGGCAGACCCAAACCAGAAGCCACCCUACUCCUAUGUGGCUCUCAUUGCCAUGGCUAUACGGGAGAGCGCAGAGAAGAAGUUGACCCUGAAUGGCAUUUAUCAGUUUAUUCUCAGCAAAUUCCCGUUCUACGAGAAAAACAAGAAAGGGUGGCAAAACAGCAUCCGUCACAAUCUUAGCCUCAACGAAUGUUUUGUCAAAGUGCCACGGGAAGGUGGUGGCGAGAGGAAAGGUAACUUCUGGACCUUGGAUCCUGCCUUUGAGGACAUGUUCGAUAAAGGAAACUACAGGCGUCGGAGGAGGGUGAAGCGACCCUACCGCCCCCCUUCGUCUGCAGCCCCAUUCAUGUCUGGCAAACCUUGUCUGAACUAUUCAGAUCCAUUUUACCUGCAGCAGAGCCCCAAGUAUCUACAGCCCCCUUUCGUGAACAACUCCUGGCCACUGGGCCACUCAGGACCAUUGACUCAAGCUAGUACCCCACUAGGUUACCAACCUCGCCAGCCCUGCAACGACAGUGCCAGCCCGGUUCCAGCAGCUAUGAACGGUUUUGGCAGCAGCCACCCCCACCACUCUUAUAACCCUUAUUCCAGACUGCAAAGUCUGAUGAUGCCAGGAACUGGGACUUCCUACAGCGGUAUGAGUCAGCAGCUGAGCCCGGGGGGAGCGGUUGGGGGAUACCACAUCCCUUGUGCUCGCCAACCCCCUGAAAUGCCACUUGUGUACUGGGAUCAGGAUCGGCAGUAUGGUGGUAUCACACGACUGGACAUGUAAUGCACUAUACCAUGCACCUUGAGAAAAUGAACUUUCAUUGAGGACAGGUCCUGUGCUGUGUAGCAAGCCACCUGCUGGUGAUCUAUAGAUGGAAGGAUCUCCUGGAAAUGUAUGGACAUCUGAAAAAAAGACAGAUCUGGAAAAGCUACUCUGUAAUGUUUUUCUUUUUUGGUUGUGGUGAAAAGGGCGAUACCUUAACUGGGCUCCAGAUUUACAAGUUUUGAGUUUACAUGGCUGGAAAGGUGAGCAUGAGUUUCCGGGUGCCCUCUCUGGCAAGUGGAUUCGAGUGUUUUGUGAAGUUUGUGACAUGAGGAUGAUGAAUAUUGCUACAUAAGCUAAAGUGAAAAUUGAGGUACUGCUCCCCACGUUUUGCUAGGUGAAUGAGAGACGGGACCUGCUAGAUAUCAGAAGACUGCCAGAAGUGGGUCACGUGUAUACAGAGAAGAGCGCCCCCAGAACCCAAAACCGGGUCUGCUGAACUUGAGACCAAGUAUCGCCCUUGGUAGUAUGUUUCCAGUCUCUCCUUACUGUAGAGUUCUCAGGUGUUUGAAGUGACAAUAAUUAAUGGAGGCUCUGGAUUUUUCAACUCAUUAAUGUGCCCAGUUUGAGGGGAAAUAUGGAAUGUUGGAAACUUUAAAAUGUUUGCUGAAGGUUAAGUCUCGGUUAAAUAUAAUUGUUAUUGUAAUAUAGAAUAAAUUGUUUCUUAUAUUUAUCAUAGAUGCUAUAUUGUUUUAUUCAACUGUUUCUUGAUGUUACAUGCUUUUUGUGUUAAGUGACGGUGUUUCGUCUGAUUUAGUUCCAAAAUACAUUAAUUAAACUCCCAGAAACUUUUACUUAUUGUAGACAAAAUGAAAUUACAGUACUACCGAGUUAGUGCUAGCCUAAAAGUCGUGUGGAGUUAAAAAUGGUCUGCUGAAAAUCUGAAAGUUUGGUCAUUUCUGUUUUCACACUAGUGGAUAUAGGGUCCUGAUCCUGAGUGAUAUGGUUUGGUGCCGCCAGGACUAAUAAUCAGUUCCCAAAGUGUUCUUUUUGAAAAGUUUUUUCUUUACGAGGGAAAAUGAAGGUUUGGGCCACCAUUGUGUGUAAAAAUGUUUUGUAUUUCACAGUUUACCGUUGAAUAAACGAAUGUUUCUAAUA